AGAAGAAGAAGAAGAAGAAGAAGAAGAAGAAGAUGAAGAAGGGAGCAGUUAAUAGAAUUGAAGUGUGUUCAUAUUACGCUGCUCUGUGAUUAUGUGCUGGAACUGUAAUUUCUUCUGCUAUACCUUUUGGAACAGAAAUAUAUGGAUACAACCAAGGAGAAUGUCACCUGUGAGGUAAAUUAUCUAGGUCGAGCAGCGAAUGGCAAUUGAGAGCAGUAUGGGAUGUGCCCUGGGAUACUCCGAGGACGCUUGGAUCAAGACACAUUUAAACUACCCAAAGUGAGAGUUAAACCCUGUUGAGCUGCCCGUGAGGCCUUCCUUACAAGGUCUGGGCUGUGGCUGGGAAGCAAAGAUGGAAAAUAUUCCCGGGAAAGGAUGCGGAGACCAGGAGGGAGCGGGCUUGGGGCACCACCCAGCGGCGCAGCGAGGCUCCGACUCCUCCGGGGAGAUUGAAUUGGGAAUGUACAUCGGGAUUUCGGGAUUUCCUUUGUCCACGGCUGGGCUUGGAGAUAAAAAUCUUAAUUUCUACAAAAUUGUGUUGAUUCUUUAUUGCUUCCAAGAACUUCCAAGGAGCUCUUGACUUCGCUGGUUUAGUUUAGCACUGGGAUAGUACUGGGAUAAAUAAUACAUUGCUCAGAGAGCAUUCUGUGGUCUACAGCAGAGAAAAAGGGAGGUAAAGAGAAGAUAGAAUUAAAUACUAGUGUUGAACACGUGGAAGAAAAGGAGUCUGCAUUUGCAAGAGGGCCAAGAAUGUUCUUAGUGGCUGUGCUUCUGUGCCGGAAAUGACCGUAGUGAUUGAAGUUCCUCAUAGGCCAAACGCAUCAAUUGUGUGUGAGGAAAUGCUCUACCAUCCCUGCUGAGUGUCUGCACUGCAAACAUGCAACCCCCCUGUGAAGAUGAGGACACAGACUCGCUGCUCCAGGCACUGCUUGAGGGACAGAACUAUGGAACUGCUGCAGCAGAUGGAACACCAGUGUCUGUGUCAAAGAACAAUCCAGCAAAGAGGGAUUGCCUGGUAGUUGCCGUGCUGUGCUUUGGGAAUUUAAUAAAUUUCAUUGAUUGGUUCAUUGUGCCAGGGAUCCUGUUGGAUAUACAGAAAUACUUCGGGCUUAGCGAUGGGAAGACAGGUCUGCUGCAAACAGUCUUCACUUUGUGUUACAUGCUGGCUGCCCCCAUCUUUGGGUACCUUGGAGAUCGCUACAACAGGAAAAUCAUCCUUGGAGCUGGUAUUUUCUUCUGGUCUGGUGUGACCUUAGGGAGCUCAUUCAUCACUGAGUCGCAUUACAAGAUAUUUGUUCUUUCACGAGGACUGGUUGGCAUUGGCUCUGCCAGUUACUCCACUAUAGCACCCACCAUCAUUGCAGACCUGUUUGAGGAAGGAAAAAGGACCACAGUGUUAUCUAUCUUCUACAUCUUCAUUCCAGUGGGAAGUGGUUGUGGUUAUAUGCUGGCAGCUGGCAUGGCAGAAAGCACAGGUGACUGGCACUGGGCCUUCAGGGUAACUCCUUGCAUGGGAGGACUGGCACUGCUUCUCCUGAUUUUAGUGGUCCCUCACAGGAUCCAGAGAAAGGCAGCAGCACACAGAGCAAGGAGCAUCUCUAGCACGAUAUACAGAGCAGAUGAGAAGCCAGAUGUACACAGAACUGCCAAGACCACUUGGUGUCAGGAUGUGGGAUCACUUGUCAAGAACUGUAGUUUUGUCUGUUCCUCGCUGGGUCUGACUGCCAUGGCCUUUGUCACUGGAGCCCUGGGAAUGUGGAUGCCACUGUUUCUGUACAGGGCUCAGGUUGUCCAGGGCAUUGUCCCACCAUGUCUCCAAGAAUCGUGCAGUUCAUCCAACAGCCUAAUAUUUGGAGGCAUCACCAUUGGGACAGGAAUUUUGGGUAUUAUUGCUGGGGCAGAAGCUGCGAGACGAUUAAGGAAGAGAAACAACAAAGCUGAUCCUCUGAUCUGUGCCACAAGCAUGUUCAUUUCUGCCCUGUGCCUCUACAUAGCUCUGAUGGUGGCCCAGACAAACAUCCUUUCCACUUUUAUUUUUAUUGCAUUUGGAGAACUGUUUUUGUCUGUAAAUUGGGCUGUUGUGACAGACAUACUGCUGUACGUGGUGACACCGAGGCGACAGUCCACAGCCAUCGCCCUGCAGAUUUUGGUGAGCCAUUUGCUGGGAGAUGCAGGCAGCCCAUACCUCAUCGGAGUUAUCUCCAACGCUAUCCAGGCCAGGAACAUCCCGUCGUUGCAGUGGAGUUUCCGGAGCAUGCAGUACAGCUUUGCCAUCUGUGCUUUUGUUGGGGUCUUUGGAGGAGGCUUUUUCCUCCUGACAUCUUUCUACGUCGAGGAAGAUCGGAAAGAAGCACAGAGGCCCUGAGGUGUCUGUGUGUCUUUAUAACUUUUUAUAACUUAAACCCAGGUGCAGUGACCUGUUUGGACACCAGCCAUGGUAUUGUCUCUGUAACAUUAAACCAUGCUAAUGUCUGCCUUAUGGUAAUGCCACGUCAGUCUCUAUAAAAAUGAUCAGGGCAAAAUCCCAGUGAAGUCUCAGAUUAGACAAACCUCACACAUUCUGCCUGUGAGGGUGCCUGGGACUGGGAAGCAGUCACCUCAUCCCUUGGAACAGGCAAAAAACCAUGAAAGAACAGUGUGCCAAGUCAAGCUGCCAUUCAAGUAGCUGCAAGUGGCUGUAUUCCAUUACAAGAGAGCAACUGGAUUCAUCUCAGUGCUAUAAUUACCCUCAUUGUAAUCCAAUAAAGCCUUGGAAAGGUUCUUAGAAAGCUUUUGGCUUAUAAAGGAAACAAAGGUUAAUAUGAGGAGGCUCUUGAUCCUGACGCUGUGUAGCUGAUCAAAAUUGUGUGGGUCUCACUUUAUGUAAUUUCAUGUUUCUGAACAGUUUUGUUAUUAAUAUGUAAAUUGCCUACAUCCUCUGCAAGAGUCAAAUGGUUGUAAUUGGAGAGAUUAAUGGACAUGCUGUCAAAUCCCAUUGUAGGAAGGUGCUUUGUAAAUGCCUUGCUAGAAGUGCCCAGAUUUGGAAUGUGGUGUAUCCCAGCAGGCCUGACCUUGCCAAGAGAGCUGAGGCAGGCUUGGGAAGCACACCCUGUGUCCCUAAAACCAGGUCUGUGCAAUGAACAAACCCAACCUGCCCAGGACUCAGCUCACACUGUGGCACCAAGGUCUGACUUUAUCUGCUCAUACAGCCUGGUGGGUCUUUUCCUAUAGUUAAUAUUUUUCUAUAUUAUUGUGAAAAAUUCUUUUAAAUUGAAUUCAGAAAUAAAUUUAUGCAUUCAUGUAUGCAGGUAUAAUUUGCUUUUCAGUAUCAAAUGGGUUGGGCAGAAGGCUUGAAACUGAUAUAAAAGGAUGGAGAGAAUAAUUUUUGAAAGUUCUGACUUCAAGCUACCUGUUUAAUUCUACCAGCAUGUACCCUAGGAAGGGGCCUGACUUUUUUCAUUCCUGUUUUCCCAAGAGCCUUGUAUCCCUCAGUUCCUAACAAAGGUGGGCUAUGUCACUUGUAAUCAACACUGAAGAAGAUCAGGCCAUUUGCUUAAAGAUUUAAUUAUUGAUUUGGGAGCCUAAUUUUAGGCACAUAUGUUUGAAAUCUUGGUUGUAGGCAUUUUCUUCAGGAAAAUAAAGGAAAAUACCCUGCUUAAUGAAAACAUCA